AAAACACCAAACCAACCAUAGGUCUGAAAACAAUCUCUGGACACAGCUAUGCAGCUGGCAGUGCUGUGCGCUCUGUGUCUGCUGCCAAGCAGCCUGGCUCUGCCACUUCCCCCGGAGGCAGGAGGCAUGAGCAAGCCACAAUGGGAACAGGCUCAGAACUAUCUUAAGAGAUUUUAUCCAUAUGACUCAAAAGCAAAGGAUGCCAACAGUUUAGGAGCCAAACUCAAGGAGAUGGAAAAAUUCUUCCACCUGCCUAUAACUGGAAUGUUAAACCCUCGAAUCAUAAAAAUAAUGCAGAAGCCCAGAUGUGGAGUGCCAGAUGUUGCCAAAUACUCACUAUUCCCAAGUAGCCCAAAAUGGACUUCUAAAGUAGUCACCUACAGGAUCAUGUCAUAUACUCGAGACUUACCCCAUUUCAAAGUGAAUCAGUUAGUGGCAAAGGCCUUAGAAAUGUGGAGCAAAGAAAUCCCACUGCACUUCAAGAGAAUUAGAUGGGGAAUUGCUGAUAUCAUGAUUGGCUUUGCAAGAGGAGCUCAUGGGGACUUCUACCCAUUUGAUGGACCAGGAAACACGCUGGCUCAUGCUUUCGAACCUGGACCAGGCCUAGGAGGAGAUGCCCACUUUGAUGAGGAUGAACGCUGGACCGAUGGUAGCAGUAUAGGGAUUAACUUUCUGUAUGCUGUCACUCAUGAACUUGGCCAUUCUUUGGGUCUGGGUCAUUCAUCUGAUCCUAAUUCUGUGAUGUAUCCAACCUAUGAAGAUAAAGAUUCCAAGGAUUUCAAACUUUCACAGGAUGAUAUCGAAGGAAUUCAGAAAUUAUAUGGAGAGAGAAAUGAUUGAAGAAAGAAUUAGAAAUUUCGAGAGAACACACAUUCAUUCACUGGAUUCCCUCUCGUUGUUUUCCAACCAGAAUUGAUGAGCACUGUUCCUGCACUCCAUUUAGCACUCUCUCUCCUGUGUUGUGGUUGGGUUUGCAUGUCUCCCUCUCGUGCUGGGGACGAGCUCUUCAUGGCAAGUUGUGUCUUACCCAUCUAUGUCUCUCCUCAAGUGACUUACAUUUAGAAAAUAUCAAUAAAUUUUAA